AAGAAAAAAAUCAGAGUCUGCUUACUCAGAGGAGCAACAGGCAAUGGAUCCCAAAAGCCAGAAGGUGAAGCUUAAUGAUGGCCAUUUCAUUCCUGUCCUGGGAUUUGGAACCUAUGCACCUGAGGAGGUUCCUAAGAGUGAAGCUCUGGAGGCCACCAAAUUUGCUAUAGAGAUUGGGUUCCGCCAUAUAGACAGUGCUCACUUGUAUCAAAAUGAAGAACAGGUUGGCCAGGCCAUUCGAAGCAAGAUUGCAGAUGGCACUGUGAAGAGAGAAGACAUAUUCUACACUUCAAAGCUUUGGUGCACUUCCCUUCGACCAGAAUUUGUCCGACCAGCCUUGGAAAAGUCACUGAAAAAUCUUCAACUGGACUAUGUUGAUCUCUAUAUUAUUCAUUCUCCAGUGUCCCUGAAGCCAGGGAAUGAAUUUGUUCCAAAAGAUGAAAGUGGAAAACUGAUAUUUGACUCGGUGGAUUUCUGUCACACGUGGGAGGCCCUGGAGAAGUGUAAGGAUGCAGGGCUGACCAAGUCCAUCGGGGUGUCCAACUUCAACCACAAGCAGCUGGAGAAGAUCCUGAACAAGCCGGGGCUCAAGUACAAGCCCGUCUGCAACCAGGUGGAAUGUCACCCUUACCUCAACCAGAGCAAACUGUUAGAGUUCUGCAAGUCACAUGAUAUUGUCCUAGUUGCUUAUGCUGCUCUGGGAUCCCAACUAUUAUCAGAAUGGGUGAACUCAAACAAUCCUGUUCUCUUGGAGGACCCAGUUCUUUCUGCCAUUGCCAAAAAGCACAAGCAAACCCCAGCUCUGGUUGCCCUUCGCUACCAGAUACAACGUGGAGUUGUGGUUCUGGCCAAGAGUUUCAACAAGAAGCGUAUCAAGGAGAACAUGCAGGUGUUUGACUUUGAACUGACUCCAGAAGAUAUGAAAGCAAUCGAUGGCCUCAAUCGUAAUAUAAGAUACUAUGAUUUUCAACAGGGUAUUGAUCACCCUGAGUAUCCAUUUUCUGAAGAAUAUUGACUGUGAGGUGUCCAUCAUGCCUUCUACCUGAACGUCUUGCUUCUAGGGCUGUGAAGAGCAUUUCUAUACUUGGUGGAGGUGUUUAAGUGUCUGAACUUUUGAAAGCUUGUUUUUCUUUAAAAAUCUUUUAUGAACUAAUCAAGAUUUCAAAUAUGGGUACUAGUUUUUCCUGAUAACAAAAUAAUUUGAAAAAUAAAGGGGAAAAGACAGAAAAUAAAGAUAACCCGAUUAACCCAUUUAA